UACAGGCUGUGCUACGUGCUCAGCUCACAAUUCUCGGCUUUUCUCCCUGACAGAUCUCCGUUAUUUGUAGAGGAGUUCACCUGAUCCAUUGCAUUCACUUUAAUCCAAGAUUAUUGUGAAUAUUCACUGACAAUAGCAGAGCCUUUAAUUUCUACGUUUUAUUGGUGGAUUUGGUUUACACGUGUUACAGUAAUUAAUUUGAUAUCUCUUUGUGAGCGGUUCUGCCUAGUAGACUCACCACUGCGAGGACUGGCUGAUCUUGACAGUCACAGUGUGCACCAGUACUGCACGUCCUCACAGGACUACCCGGAGCGCUGACAGAUUGCUCAGCUGGUGUUUGCAGCUGUAUCCUCGGCGCCAAAGCGAGAUACACGGCCAAGGGAGGCUUUAUCUACCGGUUGGAUGCCAUACGAGGCUUUGUAGGACUUCUUUUAAUUGCCUCGACUCGUUCUCUUGGAUCUACACCUUGCUGUUUGGUUGUCAGUAUGGAUUUCCUACAGGCUCUUCUAUUCUUUUUUCUAUCCGCUGUCCCGUUGUCGGCGGACAAUGCGAGCAGUAAAGCCCGGAGCUGUUCGGAUGUCCGACAGUUCUACAGCGGGAAAGGCUUCACCCUCAACGGGGUGCCACAGACAGAGAUAUCUGGUGAGCACCUGCGGAUCUGUCCCCAGGGGUACACCUGCUGUACCAGUGCCAUGGAGGAGACCCUGUUUAACCUCAGUCGCAGGGAGUUUGAGGGGCUGGUCAGAGAGUCAGGACGCUCGCUACAGGCCUCCCUCAACGCACAUUACAGGAGCUUCGACACGUACUUCACAGACCUCCUGAACAGCUCAGAGCGUUCCCUCCAAGAGUCCUUCCUGGCCACGCUGGGCUCCCUCUACUCCAAGAACACCCCUGUGUUCCAGGACCUGUAUGCUGACCUGCGUCGCUACUACCGCGGUUCCGCUGUCAACCUGGAGGAGACGCUCAACGAGUUCUGGGCACGGCUGCUGGAGCGCCUGUUCAAGGCCUCCGUCCUCCCGCAGUACACCCUCACUGACGACUACCUGGAGUGUGUGGCCAAGCAGACGGAGACCCUGCGGCCUUUUGGGGACGUCCCCCGUGACCUCAAGCCCAAGGUCACCAGGGCCUUCGUGGCGGCACGGCCAUUCGUCCAGGGCCUGACCUUCAGUGGGGAGGUGGUCCGCAAAGUCUCCCAGGUUCCUCUGAGCCCAGAGUGUAUCCGUGCCAUGAUGAAGCUUGUGUACUGCCCCCACUGUAGAGGCUUGGCCUCCGUCAAGCCCUGUGCCAACUACUGCCGAAACGUCAUGAAGGGCUGCCUCGCCAACCAGGCCGACCUGGACACAGAGUGGCAGAGCCUCGUCGACACCAUGCUGCAGGUGGCGUCUAGCUUCAGUGCUGACCCCAGUGUGGACGUGGUCAUCUACUCCCUCCCCCUCCGCAUCUCAGAGGCCAUCCUCUACAUGCAGGAGAACACAGAGGUCUUCACCAGCAAGGUGUUCCAGGCCUGUGGGAUCCCCAGGGUGGCAGGCACACAGAGCUCAGGGUCUGAGGAGAGAAAGACCAGAGUGAACCCUGACAGCACCGCAAUGGAGUACAAACCCAGCCCCGCUGCAGGGGUCCGACUGGAGAUGCAGAUAUCUGAUGUGUCCAGUAAGCUGAGGGAGAUGCAGCAGUACUGGGUCCAACUGCCAGCUGCUCUGUGCAAUAGUAAAGUGGCAGCAGGAGCAGCUGUUGACAAGUGCUGGAAUGGCAUGACCAAGGCCAGGUAUCUUCCUGAGGUGAUGGGUGACGGCCUGGCCAGCCAGAUCAAUAACCCAGAGGUGGAAAUCGACAUCACCAAGCCAGACAUGACUAUCCGGCAGCAGAUCAUGCAGCUGAAGAUCAUGACCAACCGGCUGAGGAACGCCCUCAACGGCAACGACGUGGACUUCCAGGAUGCCAGUGAUGAUGUCAGUGGUUCAGGAAGUGGAAUGUGUACAGGCGAGUCGUGUGCCAGUAGCGGACCUCGUGUCAUUGUGCCCAAAACAGACAGCACCAGAUACUACAAUCCUCCUGAGAACAAGAAGGUGAAGGGCACAGGAACCCAGACUCACCCCUCCAUCCUCCUCCCCCUGCUCUCAUUGGCCACACUGCUGCUCAGGCGAUAAUGAACAGGUGGUGCAUCCAAUUGAGACUGUGUUUGGAUAGGGCUCUGAGAUGGAACAGAAGAGCGGAAAAAGGGGGAUGGGUGGGUAACUUUGCCAAAUAGGAAAGGAUUGUCAUUGAAUAAAUGGACUACCUUUUAUUUUGAUGAGAAAAAAACAAAGAACAUUAAUAUUCCUUGUUUUAUUUGCUUGUUUAUAUAUUUUUUAAUAUGGCAAGUAGAGCUGGUCUUUGGCUUCUUUUUAUUGUUUCUAUGCUUGGGUGGUGAACAAGGAUGGUUCACAUGUGAUGUUUGGAUGGCACAAGCUUCUUAGUGAAUAUGCCAUUCUAAUGUAAAGUCAAUGUGACCUUGUUGCAAUGUUCUAACAAUGCCAAUAACUUUACAGUGAUGUUGUGAGAACACUGUGAAUGCCGGUUUGGUGCGUAUCUACAGUAUGCUCAUCCAACACAUUCAUUUUUUUAAAAUCUCAAUCACAGUGACAAGGGAAUGUGGAUCUCUCAAGUAUCUAUUACAUAAAAAUAAUGGCUUAUUGUAAAACCAUUGCAUCAAUAGCACAUUAAUUAACACUGCAGCAAUGACAUAUCUAUGUCAUAUCUUAAUUUGACCUUCUCACAAAAGGAAAAUAAUCUUGCAGCAACAGGAAAUGUGAAUUGUUAUGUGUAUUAUAAUUAAUAUACAUUUUUGUAGGGGUUGAAUAUUUUUGU